AUGGCGGAAGAAGACCGAGUUGACAUCUCCGAGGAAGUCAACCCACCGGCUCCGACUCUUUCUCAACCACCUCCAACACAUGCUCCGCCGCCUCCGACUCCUGCGGGCAUACUCCCGGCAUACUCAGGCGCCCCUCCAGCACAUCUCCCGCCCCUGACGUCUUCGGGAGCGCUCCAUGCACAUACCUCACAGACGCCCUCCUCCUUCGAGGACCAAGCCCGCAUCGCCGCACUCGAAGGCACGGUCAACCAAAUGGCCACCAACAUGGCGGAGCUGCUUGCCCUACUCAGGGGACCAAACCGCGCAUCCUCGAGCUCCACGCCUCCGCCGGGACAAGGACCAACAGCCGACUCGACCCCGUGGGCUCCACCAAUCCAAGCCCCAGAGAACAUUGAGGCUCCCGCACCGCCAACGCUGCACACAUCCACGGUCUACCCCUUCACCACUCAACUACUGCCGCCGCCGGCCCCCACGGCCGUCCCUUUUCCACCAGUGACCUUCCUAUCUUCGGAGCACAUCUUGUCCGCGCCUCCGCCCGUUUCCAUACUGGCCCUAGCUAUGGCCCACACAGUACCUCCGCCGAUGGAUGGAAGACCCCACCAGCAAAGGGGAGGAGUCAUCAAAGAAAGCCCCCGCGGCGCGGUCGUCUUCCGGCGGGAGGAGAGCGAAGGAAGUUUCGGUAAACGCCGUCAAUACGGCACAUCAGGCGCCUCAACAAUAUUCAGUGAAUCUCACGACCACACCGACCACCGCUCCUACCUACUUUCCUCCGCCUCCACAACACCAACCCAGUCGAUCUACUAUUCUGCCCCACCGAUCCCACCGCCGACGGGCUCACAGCCAUACAAUCAUUUGGCACCAGCCUCCGCUCAGCCCUCUCAACCCAGGCCCCCGGUGUCGAGAGCUCCUCCACCGGCGCAACAGGACCCUACUCCUCAGGGUCAACAGGUCGGCGGCGCGCCAAACCGACUCCGCAAACAAUACACACCACUGCCUGCUCUUCUCUCUCAUAUAUAUCGGCAACUCUUGGCGGACAACCAGAUUCAGCCGGUAUCCCCGGGCCCGAACUUCGAUCCGUCCGUUCAGAACCAGUCUAAACAUUGCGAAUAUCAUCAGGGCGCGCCGGGGCACACCCUCGACAAUUGUUGGAGGUUGCGGGACGAAAUUCAGAGGAGGAUCGACAGCAACAGACUCACCUUCAACGUCGUCAGGCCCCCAAAUGUGCAGGCCAACCCCCUCCUGGACCAUAGGCCGAGUUCGGGGCCGUCCAUCAACAUGAUCUCUAUAUGCGUCUCAGAGAGGGACGAAGAAGCGCAAGAGAAUCCCCCCCGCCCCUUCGUGAUCAAUUACACCCCGAAGAACUCACAGUCGGGUUCACGGGACAUGUGGUCGCAUCGGUCUCGUUCGUCGUCGACAUCCCCGCUCGGGAGCUGUACUCAGAAAGCAAGGUCCCCUGGACCUACGAAGGAAGUGUGGGGAGCGUCGAGUAGCAAUUCAGUGUCAUGGGGAUGA